AUGGAACGCACCCCGAAGUUCAACCAUGGUAUCGGGGACGUCAACACGAAGGAGGACGAAUCGACGCAUAAUGGGCGCGUAUCCAUCAGCAAUGGCCAAAUGGGCGAAACUACGGCUCCAGAUGCGGGCAACGAGGAUGUGGACAGGGCGGUCCAGCAUUCAGUCAACCAUCGCAAGUUGAACUCGAGGCAGAUUCAGCUGUUUGCCGUGGCCGGUGCUGUCGGAAAUACUCUCUUCGUGAGCAUCGGCAAGGGUCUUCUCGCCGGGCCGCUCGCCCUGUUAGUUGGCUUCCUCCUCUGGGGAUCUGUCAUUUUCUGCAUGGCGCAGUGCCAAAUCGAGAUCGUGUCGCUAUUGCCUAUUGAUGGCGCUCCCAUCCGCCUCGCUGGGCGCAUGAUUGAUCCAGCGGUUGGAGUGGCUGCUGGUUGGAAUUACUUCUUUGUGAUGAUCUCCUACGUUAUGUUCGAAGCGACUAUCAUAAACACCAUUGUUACCUACUGGGGCUAUGACCAGUCGCCUGCCAUCCUUAUCUCAGGUAGAAAAUACGCAUUUAUUGGGGUCGCCCGCCGUACCGAGCUAACAUUGUGA